CGUCGACCUCGUCAGAUCUGAACGACCUCAGUUCAAGUCGACGACCUGCCCCAUUUUGACCCCUCGUCUAGUCACCCCUACCAGGUAGAUCAUCAACAACACCCGGCAAAAAUGGUCAACGUUCCCAAGACCCGAAGGACCUACUGCAAGGGCAAGGAGUGCAAGAAGCACCAGCCUCACAAGGUCACCCAGUACAAGAAGGGUAAAGACUCGUUGAUGGCCCAGGGAAAGAGGCGAUAUGACCGAAAGCAAUCCGGUUACGGAGGUCAGACCAAGCCCGUCUUCCACAAGAAGGCCAAGACCACCAAGAAGGUCGUUCUUCGAUUGGAGUGCUCUUCGUGCAAGGCCAAGAAGCAGCUCGUCCUCAAGCGAUGCAAGCACUUCGAGUUGGGCGGAGAGAAGAAGACCCGUGGUGCCGCCUUGACCUUCUAAACGUCUCGCCCUUGAUAACAAAGCAAGGUAGCGUGGUGUUUGGGAGAGAGAGGGUUGUAGUAGAUCUUUUCGGCGAGGGGGAUUAUGUGGACUAUGCAAAUCUUCCUUUCUA